AGCCUGAGCAGCCUGUUGGGUUAGCUGCAGCGGCAGAAGGUCGGCCAAAACGCAUAUCUAAGGCACCUCCUUGUGGGACAGGGGGGCACAAACAUGGACACAACGCUGGGCCGGAGGCAUCUGAUGAAGGACAUGCAAGACCUCCUCCUUAUUAUACGAGAAAGCGUAAGGUUCAAAAAAGGUGAAAGGUACAGUUGGGACAUUAGCUGGAGGUAGAUAUUCAUGUGUUUGUGAAUGAUACAAUUCUUGUUGCUGUUAUCUUCGAGGCGAUGUCUGGCAUGUAUUCCUGAAAGGAGACUUCAAACACAUGCUUUAUGGCUACAAAUUUGAUGGAAAAUUCUCCCCAGACAAAGGGCUUUACUAUGAUUCUUCUCGGAUUCUAUUGGAUCCUUAUGCAAAAGCAGUUAUAAGCAGAGGUGAGUUUGGUGCUUUAGGAGCUGAUGGUAAUUGCUGGCCCCAAAUGGCCUGCAUGGAACCUUCUUUUGAUGAUGAGUGCACCUACCAAUAAUUUUAGCUUCAAUCCAGAUGGGUCUGCUGUGAACCCUGGAGCUUUCCAGCAGCAUAUUCGAAGUGAUUCUAAUCUUAUGGCUCAGUUGUUUCAGACAAGUGUGCCUCUUCAGCAACAGCAGCUGCUGUAUAAUGGGAAGGAGAUGAAGAAUAUUGAGAAAUGGCGCUUAAUUAUCUAGCAAAUCAGUUCUUCUUUACUGGUCAACAUUUUUUAGUUGAGCAACUGACUGAAACUGCUCUUGCUGUUACCAAUCAUGGACCAACAAAGGCACAUUCUUACUACAAUUUAGCACGAUCUUACCAUAGCAAGGGGGACUAUGAAAAAGCUGGGCUGUACUACAUGGCAUCUGUCAAGGAAAUCAAUAAGCCAUAUGAAUUUAUAUUUCCUUAUUAUGGUUUGGGACAAGUACAGUUGAAGUUGGGGGAUUUGAGAAGUGCACAGUCAAACUUCGAUAAGGUUUUGGAGAUUUACCCUGAUAAUUGUGAGACAUUGAAAGCUCUUGGGCACAUAUACGUUCAGCUUGGCCAGACUGAGAAGGCCCAGGAAUUUAUGAGGAAGGCUACCAAAAUUGACCCACGUGAUUCUCAGGCAUUUUUUGAGCUGGGGGAAUUGUUAAUUUCAUCUGACACAGGAGCAGCUCUGGAUGCCUUCAAAACUGCUCGCAGUCUUUUGAAAAAGGGAGGUCAAGAAGUACCAAUUGAAUUGCUUAACAAUAUUGGAGUUCAUCAUUUUGAAAGGGGAGAGUUUGAGCUUGCUGAACAAUCUUUCAAGGAGGCUCUAGGUGAUGGAGUUUGGCUUCCUUUCAUUGAGGGUAGUGAGAAGUUCCAAGAGAUUGAUGCUACUGCAUCUGUUCUUCAAUACAAGGACAGGCAAUUAUUUCAUCGACUUGAAGAUAGUGGUCGCCAUGUGGAACUACCUUGGAAUAAAGUCACACCGCUAUUUAAUCUUGCCAGAUUACAAGAGCAGUUACACAAUGCUGAAACUGCAAGCAUUUUGUACCGACUAAUCUUAUAUAAGUAUCCAGACUAUGUUGAUGCUUAUCUGAGACUUGCUGCCAUUGCAAAAGCACGAAACAAUGUUCAAUUAAGCAUCGAACUGGAGAGGACAAUACAGAUUCAAUUCUAAAUACACUCCUUACAUACUCGACUCUUGAAACAUCUCCUCAAGAACAGCAACAUAUUGAUUCUGAUAAUUACUCUUUGGAUUGUGAUGGGAGCUUUCUAGAUGGUUUCUCUGAUGUUGACAGUUGGUCUGACAAUGAGGAAAUCACAAAUACCGUGUUUGAUGAGGAUAAUAAAUUGUCAUCCUUAAUGAGUAUGGGGUACACAAGAGAUGAGGCUUCAAUAGCAAUGGAGAGAUGUGGACCGUAUCUAUUUUUGAACUUUGCUCUGUACGUAGGGUCCAAGGAAACUGAUGAAAAGGCUACGAGGUUCUCAAGUUGGAUAUCUUGGACUGUUGGACGCCAGAAAAUCACUAUCGAUGGACUGAAUCUAAGUGUUAAACAUUUCUAGGUUUAGACCAUCGAUAAUGAUUUUCUGGAGUCCAACCGUCCAAGCUAUCAAACUUGAGAACCUCGUCAGCCUUUUCAUCAGUUUCGUUGGACCCUACCUUUGAGGUCCACGAAAAUGGAGGUGUAUCAUAAGAAGUCGGGUAGGUGUAUUCAAUCGAUAAGUGGACCAAAUGGGGACUGUAUGCCCGUCAACUACUCCAGCUCAGUACAUGGUCUUCUUCUUCGGGCUCUAUGUGGUUGCUUUGGGGACUGGUGGGAUCAAACCUUGUGUUGAUCAGUACUGCCUUGAUGAUUUAGGUUAGUUUUUACUGCGUGUAGCGCUGCUGCUUGUGAGAAGUAUGGCCGAAAUGACAUAAAAAGUAUUGCUUCUGAAAUGGAAGGGAAAACGGAGGAGGAAGUUGAAAGAUACGCAAAGGUCUUUAAAGAAAGAUAGAAAGAGUUAAAUGAUUAUGAUAGGAUCAUUAAGAAUAUCGAAAGGGGGGAGGCUAGAAUUUCGCGAAAGGACGAGAUCAUGAAAGCUAUUGGGAAGAAAUUGGACCGGUACAAGAAUCCAUGGCUGGAACUCAAGAUUCAGUAUGGUCAGAAUAAAGGGAAAUUGUACAAUGAAGAAUGUGAUCGUUUCAUGAUAUGCAUGGUUCACAAACUUGGGUAUGGGAACUGGGAUGAGUUAAAGGCUGCAUUUCGCACAUCACCCUUGUUUCGUUUUGAUUGGUUUGUGAAGUCUCGCACAACUCAAGAACUUGCAAGGAGGUGUGAUACACUAAUUCGGUUGGUGGAGAAGGAAAACCAAGAGUACGACGAGAGGGAGAGACAAGCUCGUAAAGAGAAGAAGCUUGCCAAGAAUUUGACACCAUGAAAGCGAGCCCUGGCUAGGCAGACUGAGAGUCCCUCUUCCUUAAAGAAGCGGAAGCAAUUGACCAUGGAUGACUAUGUUACUUCAGGAAAGCGUAGGAAAUGAUAUUGAAAUAUAAAAUUAAGAAAUUUUUUUGGGGGAUGAAUCCCCCUUUAAAUUACGGUGUAGCAGUAGUGUGGGCAAGGAGUGCCUCUAGUUUGCGCACUAGUUUGUUAUAUCCCCUUGUUUUUGGAUCAGGGUUCAGAAUUCAUCGUUUCACUGAUGGAAUUGGUAAUAUAUUAGAUCUGAAGAGUUUUGGAAUUUGUAUAAAUGAAACUACUCCAGUAUUUUGUACCUUGUAGUUGAUUUUAGCUGGUCAUCUAAUGAAAUAUACUGUAUUAGCUGCUUAAGGCUAUCCC